GGCCAGGACACUCUACACGUUAGGGAAAACUCCAGCCAAAACUGAAGUGUUCUGAUUGAUUUUUUUUCGUUCCUUCUUCGAACACCUCCAUUGACUAUGGGAGACAAAGAGAGACCUUUGAAGGAAGAGCUGGAGGAGGAGGAGGAGGAGGAAGAAGAGAAGGAGGAGGAAAUGAAAAUGAAGGUGUCUCUUUCCUGUCGUCCAAUCUAUCCACUGCCUGAUGACAUAAAAAAGAUGCAGCGCAGUGAGACAGUGUGUAGUUAUUGUGGUGUAAGCUACCUUAUUUUCCAUGAGUUCCAUCAACUCCACACUCAGCUGGCUCAGUUAGAGGCUGAGUUACAGGACCUUAAAGACACUGCCCAGAGAGAGAAGGCCCAGCGAGAGGCACUGGAGCUGGGCAGGAUAGAGUGGGAGAAGGCGCUUCACCUGGAGGUACAGAGGAAAGCUGAAGAAAACGAGCGAAGCCUAAGAGAAAAGCUAGAAGGGAAGAGCAAGGAGAUGAGGAAAGCACUUAGAGGAGAGUUAGAACAAAAGCAUAAGAACGAGAGACAAGAAAUGGCAGAGGAGUAUCAGAAAAGGAGUGAUGAAAAAGUGAGAAAUCUUAGAAAAGAGCUGGGAGAAAUUGAAGCAGAGAGACUGAAAAAGCAGAAAGAAGAGCUGGAGCUGAAGGCUGAAGAGAGGGAGAAAGUCCUGAGUGACGCACUUCAAAAGGCCAAUAAAAACCUCGACGAGCUGAGAAAACACCUUCAACAGCUGGAAGAGAGGCUGGCAAUAGCAUCUUCCGCAAAGGAGAAGGUAGAGCAGGCACUUGGAAAAGAGAAGCAGCAAGGUGAAACUCUCAGAGGUGUGUGUGUUCAGCAACAGCAGGCCCUGCGAGGAACUCUCUCCGUGCUACGCUCCUUUGGCUGUGAGCUUACAGAUGUACGGGGUUUUCUGAGCCAGCUGACAGGGGCCUGGCAGGCCUCCAAAUCUCAAAUGCUGCAGCACAGCACACAGGUGUUUUCAGCGCUGACAGAGAGGAUGAAGCACUCCAGUGUGGAGUUUCAGAAAAUGAGAGAAGAGAGGGAGCACCUAACUCAGCAGCUGAUGGAGCAAAAGAGACAAAGUGAGCAACAGCUGUCCCAACAAGAUGCCUCAGAGAAGGAGCAGAGGGAAAAGCUACUCAGGUUAAAAGGGGAGUUGGAGGAGAAACACGAGAGGUUGUUGUCCUGCCAACAAAAGUGUGACACUUUACAUGAGGAGUUAUCAUCAUGGCAACAGAGAGAGGAAAAAAUGAACUGGAAGUACUCUGCAGCUGAAGAGGAAGUGACACAACUCAGGAAAGCUUUGGAGAGAGUCCAGCAGGAAACUAGAGAACUGAGGAGAGAGAGGGACAUGUGGACUGAAUCUCAUGGCAGAGCCCUGAGGAAGAUGGAGGAGGACUGCCAGCAGCAACUGGAUUCAAAGUUGGCUGAUGCCCUAGAAAAGGAGAGAACAAAGAAUGAGUUGCACCUGAAGGAGCAGAUGGAGGAGCUCCACAGGGACAUGGAGCUAGAGCUGACAAUUGACAGGGAGAAGAGCCAACUGCUGCUUCGACAGUAUCAGCAAGACAGCACACAACUCCUGCAGAAGCUGGAGGAGAGGGACCAGGAGGUACAAAGACUCGAAGAGGAUCUGAAGAAGGAGAGGAGGAGCAGGGAGCAGAUACAUGAGGAGCUGCAGCGCUCCAAACAGCAGGAGGCACUGCAGCUGAACCAGGCUACAGCUGAACUCCAGAUGAUGACUGAGAAGAAUCGGCAACUACAAGAAGAGGUGGCGUUACUCCACGAGACAGUGAGGAGGGAGUGUGAGGAGAGGGAGGAGCUGACCGCUGCUUUGUCUCAAGCUCAAGAGGAACUCCUGGGGCAGCGAUCCCCAGCGUCUGCUCAGAAGUCUGUUGAGUCUAUGUCGUACCCCCCAGACAGACACACAAGUUCACUCAACAAGCAUCCCGGCGUCUCUAGUCAAACCACAGCAGCUUUACCUCGCUCUCAAACUUUCCCCAUCACUCUCCAGCGCUCCCCAUCCAGCACAGACAAAAGCAGAGAUGGACCCACAGAUGCAGGAGCAGCAGGGAGGAGUGUGGAGCCGUGGGAUAGUGAUGAGGUGUUCGCUAGAGACAAGAGGAGAAGGGGGGGUCUGAAAGCAGGCAGCAAAAUGAAUGACGCUAAAAGAAAGGUUGAUUUAGUGACGCGAAUGAAAGAGAAACAGUCACAUUUUACAGUAUGAAUAGAACACAUUUGAUGUCAUUUCUGCUCACGCUUUCUAACACAUGAAUCCUACGCCAACAGUUGUGUAACUCUAAGUGACACACUCUGCUGCUGAGUCCUGUUGGGAAGCCAGCGCACUCCCAGGACACACACUCUGACAAACAUGCACUUGUUUUCUCACAACCCAACUCACGCAGUCUCGCUGGCACGCACAGGAUUUUACAGGCAAACCCCCCACCCCCACCCCCACCCACACACACACACACACACACCCAAACACACACACAUCGCAUAUACAGCACUGUGUACACAGACACACACAGCGUGUCACAAGGGCAGGGCUGAAGGGGCAUGACAGCAUGUCCCUUGCCACCCGUGGACACAAACAAAAGGCAGGCAAACACAAAAGAAACUGUAAGGCAAGCACCACAGACACACACACACACGCACACACGCACACACACACGCACAACAAUUACACAGCCUUCUCCCCUCUGGCAUUGUGUGUUAUUGACAUCAUUCACUCCGUGCAAGGUCUCUCUCUGUCAUUUCCUCUCCCUCUACAUUUGGGAUGAAUUGGCAUGACGGGAGAAAUGCGUGAAGUGUGUGUGGCAACUCAUUUCCUUGGCACACAUGGAAAGGUUUUGCUUCGACUUCCCUCGUGUCCCUCUUAUUCAGACAAUGCAUGUGCAAGUUGUUCACACAGAAAGGUGGGAUGAUAAUGACUUUGUCCUGCCAACAUUUCCUCUGUUUGCCAAAACACACACAUAUGGUUUAUCUGCAGAAAAAACCUUUGUCCGUGUGGAGAGGAUGUUCACAAAUACAGAACAAUGAACCUGGUGUUCCAUUAAAACAUUUUGUACCUUCUCUGUUUUUGUUGAAAUAGACAAUUUCACAUUGGUGGCAUAAAAGAAAUAUGAGCUAUGAAUGAAUUUAAUAUGCUUAUUUUAAUAUUUUUAUAUAUUUGGAUGUAUUUCAUUCAUUCAUUCAGCUGUGGUGUGUUUUACAUUCACAUCAUUUUGAUCGAAAGUUGAACUCCCUCUGUUCUAUGAUUUAAUAUUUAAUGAUUAAUGGUGCAGAAGUAGCUCUCACUUUGUACUUUGCAGCUGUUGCCUUCCUGUGUUUGAGUGUGGGAUUGUGCCAUGACCUUGUGACAGUUAAAAGACAUUGCGUAUGUGUGUGUGUGCGGAUCCGGUGAGUGAUUGUUUUCCAUCCUAACGCUUCUGUAAUUACGUAAAGACAGUGAAGGACAUUGAUUGUAUGGCGAUUGUAUCAGCACAGCGUGCGUGAGUAGAAGAUUAGGACACUGUUUAUCAGUGACUGACGUUGUUAUGAAGUUCCAAAGUGCAGGUGCGUGGAGCUCCACUUUUCUUCCGGCAGAUGUUUGACCUUUUGAGUACCUCUGGGUGUCUGUAAACACUGUCUUCAGACCUGAGGCUGACAGUUCAUUCCUGACCUUGACAAAAACAGUGAGUGGGUGAGCACAGCCUGACUGCUGCUGGAGGGUAAUUAGAGGCGGGGGACACAAAUCCAGGUGGGUCAUCAGGAGCCAGAGUUGAUUUACUCCACUGAGGAGGAAGUUGAAAGAGCUGGACAUUCGCAAAAUUUGUCCAGACAGCGAUGAAAACACACAGUUCAAACCCAACAGCACAGUCUGAACAGUAGACGUCCAGGUCAAGCAUUUGUUGUAUUAAUACAAAGACAUGGAAUAUUGAUAGUUGUGUGUAGAUG